GGUUGAGAAAUGGCGGGAAUCCACAAACUCCGACCACUAGUUCAUCUUUUUAAGCCCCACGCCGCUUUCACUACUAUUUUCAUCCUCACAUGUCAAAACCGCAAAAUCUCUUCAAAUUCGCUCAAAAUGGCUCGGGCGGCGGAGAAUCCAAACCAUACCUCCGAAAUCCAAGAGCCAUUGGCCAAGAUUCAGAACGGUGUUUUCGAAGCUAAGCCCGCUGCAAUCGCUCUGUUUCUGCGAGUUAAAAGGCUCUCAGAGAAAGCUGUUUUACCGUCCAGGGGUUCUCCUCUUUCCGCCGGCUACGAUCUCUCUAGCGCCGUGGAGACGAAGGUACCAGCGAGAGGAAAAGCUCUGGUGCCAACGGAUCUCAGCGUUGCUGUUCCCGAAGGAACGUAUGCUCGAAUCGCGCCGCGGUCUGGUCUGGCGUGGAAGCACUCGAUCGAUGUGGGGGCGGGAGUGGUGGAUGCAGACUACCGGGGGCCGGUUGGGGUGAUCCUUUUCAACCAUUCCGAUGUUGAUUUCGAAGUGAAGGUUGGAGAUAGAAUAGCGCAGUUGAUCAUCCACCAAAUUGUGACGCCGGAAGUGGCUAAGGUUGGCGAUAUUGAUGCCACGGCUCGCGGCUCCGGUGGGUUUGGAUCUACCGGCGUUUAGGGGAAUAAUUGUAACAUCCCUAACCGUAUAAAUUGCAUAAUUUUGCAUAAUAAUGUAUUUUAUAUUUUUUUUAAUACAUAUUCGUCACAUAAAUCUAAUAUAUAGCUAAGUAUA